AUGGCUACUACUCAGAGCGCCGUGAAUGUCGGCAGCUUACCGCAGGCUCGGCAGACAAGCAGCCAAAAGCAGCACGGCAAGCGGCCGUUUCAGGGCCAACACCGUAAGGCGGCAAAGUACAGGAAGAAGCAGAAGCCCGUUCAGGAGGGUUCCCAUGAAGAGGUGCUGCUAGCGGAUGUGCAGGCGCUGUUGGCUUCACAGAAGAUCACCGACGAAGCCGAGGACGGCGCGGCUGAGGAAAGCGCGCCGCUGCCGGAGGAGGGCAGUGAGAUCGAAGUUGACGUGGUGGAGCUGUCCUCAACGGGCGAUGGGCUGGCCAAGCAGAAGGGGUCCGACCAUCUCUACGUGGUGCCGUUUUCCGUCCCCGGAGAUACGGUGAAGGUCAAGGUGUACCGUCAUAAUCACAACGACGGGUACACGGCGGCCGACUUCCUCUCGGUCGUCAAGCCUUCUCCCGUCCGCGACGACAGCCGAAUCCAGUGCCCGUACUUCGCCAAGUGCUCUGGGUGCCAGUUUCAGAUGCUGGACUACGCCGAGCAGCUCCGGAUAAAGAAGAACAUUGUGGUCAAGGCAUACCGCAACUUCUCACAGCUGCCGCCCGAGCUGGUCCCCGAGAUCCUCGAUACUAUCGGCAGCCCGCUGCAGUAUGGCUACCGCACCAAGCUCACGCCUCACUUCGACGGGCCCCGAGGCAACCCCAGGCGGGGCCCGAAGAAGGGCCAUGAGCAGAUGCCGCCGUUCGGCUUUACGCCCAAAAACACGCGCAAAGUGCUGGACAUCGAAGACUGCCCCAUCGCCACGGAGACCGUGCGCAAGGGCCUGACCGAGGAGCGCGCGCGUCUGGCGGUCGAGUAUGGGAAGUACACCAAGGGCGCGACCAUCCUGUUGCGCGAGAACACCAAGCGCGUCCCCAAAUCCUCCCCCUCCGACAUCCCCCAGCCGCCAGAGGGAACCCCCCCGACCGCCAUCCGCGUCGACAGCGACACGCACACGGAUUUCAAGACGUGCAUCACAGACCAGAACGCCACCAGCACGGAGUACAUCGACUCGUUCGUCUUCACCAACCCCGCCGGCGCCUUCUUCCAAAACAACAACUCCAUCCUACCCCCCUUCACCGCCUACAUCCGGGAACACAUCCUCCCGCCGCCGCCUUCUCCCACGUCGUCCGCACCCGACAGCAGCAGCGGCGGCACCCACCCCGCCGCCACUACUACUACCACAGAGCCGAAACCAAUCCGGUACCUGAUCGACGCCUACUCCGGGUCGGGGCUCUUCACCAUCACGCAGUCGUCGCUCUUCCCGGGCGGCUCGAUCGGGAUCGACAUCGCCGAGAAGUCGAUCGCCUUCGCGCGGCGCAACGCGGCGCUCAACGGGCUGGACGAGGCGCAGUGCCGCUUCCUCGCGGCCGACGCGCCCGAGCUGUUCAAGAGCGUCAGCGCCUACGACCCGGACGAGACCGUCGUCGUGCUGGACCCGCCGCGCAAGGGGUGCGACGCCAGCUUCUUGCGGCAGCUGCUCGAGUACGGGCCGAGGAGGGUCGUGUAUGUCAGUUGUAACGUGCAUACCCAGGCGAGGGACGUGGGCGUUUUGGUGAGGGGCCAGGUGGAAGAGGGGUUCGGGGAGGAGGGCAAGGAGGGAGGAGAGGAAGGGGGGGAGAAGAAGAAGAAUGUCAGGUAUGCGAUUGAGAGUAUCAGGGGGUUUGAUUUCUUCCCGCAGACGGGGCAUGUGGAAGGCGUGGCGAUCUUGAACCGCGUUGAUGAGUAG